AAAAGAAAGGGGGAGAGAGAGAGAGGAACGAAGGGAUUGUUCCUGUUCCCUUUCUUAAGUCAUUUGGAACACUGUCCCUCCACGUUGUCUGAAUCCAUCCUGCCCUUAGACCAGAAGCGAGAGAUCCCACCAGUUAGGUCCCCGCAAGUACAGAAUGUGGGCCACCCAUCCUUGCAGUGUCAGCAACUGACACAAAUGCCUUCUGGAUCCUAUGCAAAACAUCUAAAGCAUAUUUGGUACAAAGGAGAUGAAUUAAUGAAUAGGUGAUGCAAGAGGAAUUUGGCACAAUGAAGAAAGAAGACACUCAUGGCAAUAUGGAUGAUAUACAGAAUUUUCCUUUCCCCCAUUACUUGGUGAGGUCAGACACAGCAUCGCCUGUCAAUGAAGAAUUCAGAACUCCACAUGUCCAGUGUGGAUAUGGUCCUCCUUCUCUAGAACAAGAGAACUUCCAUGGGGCUUUAGAAGGGGGAUCUCGUAAGCGCAAAAGCAUGCCUACAAAAAUGCCUUCUACUAUCUUUCCAGAAGAUCCCAUGUCUCCAUUGCCAAGAUCGGAACACAAUCCAGCCAGAGGAUCUCCUCCUGGCUUUCCUUUACUAUUCCAGCAACACCACCCACAGCCAAAGUACAAUGCCCACAUGAUUGACUUGUGUAAUAUUGGUCUUCAAUUCUACAGAACUUUGGAGCACUUUGGAGCCCAGCCUAUAAAAGAAGAAGUUAUUAAACCCAGUGUGCUUUGGCCUGGACCACCUCAAUUUCUGCAUACCCCCUAUCCAUACUAUCCCAAAGUUCACCCAGCCCUAAUGUUUCCUUUUAUUAUGCCCCCCAGUUUUCACUUUAGAAGUCCCUUCCCACUCCAAAGGCCGCCACAGUCACCCUUCCAGAGGGCUGACCUAGGAGAACAUGCUGAAAAUAAGCAAAAGGUAGAAAGGGUGGAUGUGAACAUCCAGAUUGACGACAGCUAUUAUGUCGAUGUAGGAGGAGAACAAAAACGCUGGCAGUGUCCGAUGUGUGACAAGUCUUACACUUCCAAGUACAACUUGGUGACUCACAUUUUGGGCCACAGUGGCAUCAAGCCACAUGCUUGCUCCAGGUGUGGCAAACUUUUCAAGCAGUUGAGUCACUUGCACACCCAUAUGUUGACCCACCAGGGCACCAGGCCUCACAAGUGCCAAGUGUGUCACAAGGCAUUUACCCAAACAAGCCACCUGAAAAGACACAUGAUGCAGCACAGUGAGGUCAAACCUUACAGCUGUAGGAUCUGUGGGAGGGGUUUUGCCUAUCCCAGUGAACUGAAAGCCCAUGAAUCCAAGCAUGAGAAUGGUCGAGAGAACAUUUGUAUUGAGUGUGGCCUUGACUUCCCAACCUUGGCUCAGCUCAAGAGGCACCUAACCACUCACCGAGGGCCCAUACAGUACAACUGCACUGAGUGUGAUAAAACGUUCCAGUACCCAAGCCAGCUGCAGAACCACAUGAUGAAACACAAGGACAUUCGUCCAUACAUCUGUUCUGAAUGUGGCAUGGAGUUUGUGCAGCCCCAUCACCUCAAGCAGCAUGCUUUGACUCAUAAGGGUGUAAAAGAGCACAAGUGUGGGAUCUGUGGUCGGGAGUUCACACUACUUGCCAAUAUGAAAAGGCAUGUUUUAAUUCACACCAACAUCAGAGCCUACCAGUGCCACCUGUGCUUCAAGAGCUUUGUCCAAAAACAGACUCUCAAAGCCCACAUGAUUGUCCACUCAGACGUCAAGCCCUUCAAAUGUAAGCUGUGCGGAAAAGAAUUUAAUCGGAUGCACAAUUUAAUGGGGCACAUGCACUUGCAUUCAGACAGCAAGCCAUUCAAAUGCCUCUACUGUCCCAGCAAAUUCACCUUGAAGGGGAACCUCACAAGACACAUGAAAGUCAAGCAUGGAGUCAUGGAAAGAGGAUUUCGUGCUCAAGGACUUGGAAAGGAUCAAAUGAGAGUAUCACAAAUGGAUGUGUCAAGAGACCUGGAACAGGAAGAACCCUUUGACCUUUCUCAAAAAAACCAAGAGAAGGGGCUGUCAAUUCACUCGGAUGGUGAAAGUGCGAAGGGGAGCUCAUGCCAUGAGGAAGAGGAAGACAACUGCUACGAGCCAGGACGAUACAGCCCUGGCAUGUACUACGGCAACGAUCCGUAUUUAAUGCAAGAUCUUCCUAGUCAAUCACAAUAUCACACGAAAGACUUCAGAGAGCCCUACAACAAUGGGGAAGAGAAGGGACUGAAUGGGGAACAUGAGGAGAAGAAAGAAAGCAGAAGGAAAGAAAGCCAGGCAGAGAGAGACUUUAUGGAUGACAGUGAGGAACGCCUGAGCUUCAGCCACUUUGAAAAUGACAGACUUACACAAUCUCUUUCUGACUACUUAUAUUUUCGACACAGAAAUAAGAGUUUAAAGGAACUACUGGAAAGGAAAAUGGAAAAGCAAAAUGUUUUUCUCGGUAUCUAAAUGAACACAUGUUAACUUACUCUUGGAAAACAGAUGUUAAGCAAUAGUUUUCAUUAGCAUGAGCUGGAAUUCACCAGGACUGGCAAACGAUAAGAAGAGAACAAGCAUAAAUUAGUAGAUACUAUUUAAGAUAAUUUUCACUUAUCAUUCAGCUGUUAAUUUUCUUUGUAAUAUUAUUUGUAAUAAUAUCAUAGAUAUUAACUCAGUCUAUAAGCCUGUUCCUGUAUUUCUACCAUUCUGACCUUGCCUAUGAAUGCAGCUGGAUGAUAUGGAAGAUUGGUAAGGUGACAACUUGAGAAGAGAAUGGUUCCUUCCUUAGUAUGGCACCAGGGAAAUAGAAGGUUAAAUGUUUCCUCCAUGCCUGCCUCAGUCUGCAUAUUACAUAAUUCUCUCUCCAUGUUCGACAUCCCUUCAUGCUAUAUGCAUUUUAACAUCUGUGCAUUCAAUGCAAGGACAUAUUUAAUUAUUCUAACCUUGUUCCUCUCCUAACAUUAGGUCAGAGCAUGUGUGUUCUAUAGCUAUGAAGUCCUCUGAGUAAAUGAUCAGUUUCAUCAUACAAUCUGAUAGGAUUAGGGUGUGAACCUACCAUAACAUGAUUAACUAAAACACUGGUUCCCAACCUUCCUAAUGCCGCGAUCCCUUCAAACAGUUCCUCAUGUUGUGGUGACCCCCAACAAUAAAAUUAUUUUCGUUGCUACUUCAUAACUGUAAUUUUGCUACUGUUAUGAAUUGUACUGUAAAUAUCUGAUAUGCAGGAUGUAGUUUCAUUCACUGGACCAUAUUUGGCACAAAUACCCGAUAUGCCCAAUUUGAAUACUGUUGGAGUCGGGUGGGGGGGACGGGACUGAUUUUGUCAUUGGGAGUUGUAAUUGCUGAGAUUUAUAGUUAACCUACAAUCAAAGAGUAUUCUUAAUUCCAACAAUGACACAAUUGAAACAAACAUGGCACACAGAACUCCAGUGAUCAACAGAAAAUACUCAAUGGGUUUGGUGGGCUUUCACCUUGAGUUUUGGAGUUGUAAGUUCAUCUACGUUCAGAGACCACUGUGAAUUCAAAUAAUGAUGGAUCUGGACCAAACUUGAUAUGAAUAAUCAAUAUGACCAAAUGUGAACACUGGUGGAGUUUGGGGAAAAUAGACCUUGAGAUCUGGGAGUUGUAAUUGCUUCAAUUUAUAGUUCACCUACAAUAAAAGAGACCCUUGAACCCCACCAACAAUAGAAUUGGGCCAAACAUUCCACACAUACCAACAUGACCAACAAAAAAUACAGUGUUUUCUGAUGGGUCUAUGGCAAUCACUCUGACACCCCUUUGUGACACCCCCCCCAGGGGGUCCCGACCCCCAGGUUGAGAAACACUGAACUGAAGCAUCUACCUUACAUGUAGGCCUGCUGAAUAAACUUGAACCAUCUAACACCAGUAUUCUCACAAAAUGGCAGCAUUCAGAAUUGUUUAAGAGCAACUAAGAUUUUCUGGGCCUUGACAAUGAUAAGUCUGUAAUGUUAGAAAUGCAACUGUGCAGUUCAGAAUCAAAAUACCAGAUGCAGCAGAACAGAUCAGACAAGUGGAAAAUGCAAAGGAAAUAUUGAUCACAGCUCAUGUUGAAAGGAUGUGGCUAGGACAACAAAGGGUAUCAGUAACAUGAUGAUCAAUUAACAAAUGAGUUUGGUCUUAUAACAGCUGACUCAGGAGAGCUCAGAUGCAUUUGGAAGCCUCCUGAGUCCAGGAUAAACUGGUGCACAAUAUAAAGGCUGAACUCUGAUUUAUUGUGACAUAUCAAGCCACUUUCUCCUAAGGUGAUCUUAGAAUGCCCAUAGAUUAUAAAUUUACUUUUACAUUUAGUGUGAAAAAAGAUCAAACCACAAAUAAUUAAACGAAUUUUACAUGG